AUGGACACUGACGUGUUAGAGGAGGAGGCUGAAGGGGAUGCUGACGUGUCAGGGGAGGAAGCUGAGGUGGCUGCGGAGGACGAUGAUGUGUGCGAGGUGUGCGGGGGCCAUGGCGAGUUGCUGAUGUGUGAUGCGUGCCCGGCUGUGUACCAUCUGCACUGCCUGCACCCGCCGCUCUCCUGCGUGCCCGAAGGAGCUUGGUUCUGUCCCAAAUGCGGCCAUGACUGGGCGGCAGUGGAGCGAUUCCUGGGCGUGAGAGAGGUGGCGCAGGGAGGCGAGGGUGGGGGAGGUGCUGGGGAGGGGAGUGAGGGGACAGGAGAGGGGCGCAGUGACAGCAAGAGGAGUGAUGGCGGUAGGGGCGGUGAUGGCAGGGAUAGUGGAGGGCGGGGUGAGAGGAGGCGAGUGGAGGAGUAUUUGAUAAAGUGGAAAGAUAAAUCGCAUAUCCACUGCACCUGGGUGGCAGCUGCAACAGUGGAGGCAGCGGCAAAGAGCUUGCCGGGGCUUAAAGCCCGGAUGAGGAACUACCUGCGGCAGCGGGCAGAGGCGGCAGCACAGAGCGCGCUGUAUGGGGAUGGGGAGGAGGACGUGGAGGAGAGUGGUGUGGUGCCAGUGCUGCGACCUGACUGGCUGGUUGUGGAGCGAAUCGUCAACACCAAGAAGAACCGCAAGGGGCAGCAAGAGUACUUAGUUAAGUGGCGGGAGUUGGGGUACGAGGAGGCCACGUGGGAGACAGAGGAGGAUUUGCGGAGCAAAGGAAGAGGGCCGGCCAGUGGCACUAAGGAAGAGCUUAAGGAGGGGCUGAAGAGUGGGACUAAGGAUGGGGCGACGGAUGGGGCGAAAGAUGGGGCGAAGGAGGGUGAUCAAGGGAAGAAAGGUUCAGGAGGAAAUGGGAAUGGGAGAAAGGGUAUGGAAAAAGGAGGCGAGGAGGAGAGUGGUGCAGCAGUUGUAGAGGGUUUCGAGGAGGCUGUUAAGGAGUAUGAGGAGCUGAUGGCGAGAGGACCCAAGGCAGUGGCAUGGGGGCCGUCCUUCCUGGCUUCCCCUCAACCACCUGCUGCCUUUUCGUUUCCCCCGUCUCUCAUCCGUCGUCUCCCGCCCGCCCCUCUCCCGCCCAUCACAGGCAAGACAGUGCAGGCGAUCUCCUUCCUCGCAUCGCUGCACGAGGAGAGGGCCACCCCUCUCCCCCACAUGGUGGUGGUGCCGCUCUCAACCCUGCGCAACUGGCAGCGCGAAUUUGCCACGUGGGCUCCUCACUUGCGAGUGGUGAUGUAUGUGGGCACAGCGGCAGCAAGAGCACUGAUUCGAGAACAUGAGUUCUUCUUCCCCUCCACCUACACGCCUCCCCCUCCUCCUUCAACCAAGGACAAGCGAGCGCAAGGGAAGCAGGGGAAGGGCGGGAAGAAGGGGAAGGGUAGUGAGAAAGGGAAGGGUGGAGAGAGCAAGAAGCGUGGAGGCAAAGGGAAAGGUGGGAAGGUCGGCAGAGAGGUGCAAGGAGGGCUGCAACGGGCGAAGAGGAAGCAAAAGAGAGGGAGGAUGAUUGUAUCUUCAGAGUCUGAGGAGGAGUCCUCUGGAGAGUCGAACGGGGAGAGUGAUGAUGAGCAGCCGCUGUCCCGGCAGGAGCGCGUGCGGUUUGAUGUGCUGCUGACGUCAUACGAGGCGGUGAACAGUGACUCGCAGCAGCUGCGGCAGGUGCGGUGGGGGUGCCUGGUGGUGGACGAGGGGCACCGCCUCAAGAACAAGGAGAGCAAGCUGUUCGGCACGCUGCAGAGCUACAAUUCCCUGCACCGCCUACUGCUCACGGGGACACCGCUGCAGAACAACCUGGACGAGCUCUUCAUCCUCAUGCACUUCCUGGAUGCCGAUAAGUUUGCGAGUCUGGAGGGUUUUCAGGGCGAGUUCCAGCAGCUGGGGCAGGAGGAGCAGGUGGCCAAGCUGCACCACCUGCUGGCGCCUCAUCUCCUCAGAAGGCUGAAGAAGGACGUGUUGAAGCAGAUGCCGCCCAAGAAGGAGCAGAUUCUGCGCGUGGACUUGGCGCCACUGCAGCGCUCGCUGUACCGUGCCGUGCUCACCCGCAACUACCAGGCGCUCACCAAGGCGUCGGGGCAGCAGGUAUCGCUGACCAACACGAUGAUGCAGCUAAGGAAGGUGUGCUGCCACCCGUUUCUGGUGGAGGGCGUGGAGGAGCAGCAUGGAGGCGGAGGCACGCCCGCAGAAGCCAGUCGGCGCAUGGUGGCAGCAUCGGACAAGCUGGCUUUACUAGAGCGCAUGCUGGAGCGGCUGAAGGCGGGGGGCCACCGCGUGCUGGUGUACUCUCAGUUCAAGCGCAUGCUGGACCUGCUGCAGGAAUGGCUCAUGGGCAAGGGCUGGGGGUGUGAGCGCAUAGACGGCAGCAUCAGCGGAUCAGACCGGCAGCAGCGCAUUGACCGGUUCAAUGCUCCUGGAUCCACACGCUUUGUCUUCCUGCUCUCCACUCGCGCUGGAGGGCUGGGGAUCAACCUUGCCACGGCUGACACUGUGAUUAUAUACGACAGUGACUGGAACCCGCAUGCGGACCUGCAGGCCAUGGCUCGAGCGCACAGGCUGGGGCAGACCCAAACGGUGAUGAUAUACCGGCUGGUCACACGGGCGACAGUGGAGGAGCGCAUGGUGCAGAUGAGCAAGAAGAAGAUGGUACUGGAGCACGUGGUGGUGGGGAAGCUGAAACAAUCCAACCUAAAUCAGGAGGAGCUGGACGACAUUCUGCGAUUCGGAGCGAAGGAGUUGUUUGAAGAGGAUGAGGAGGAGGAGGAGGCUGGAGAAGGCAGUAAGGAUGCUGACAAGGAUGCUGACAAGGAUGCUGACAAGGAUACUGACAAGGACACUGAGAAAGGAGCAGGCGGGGAUGAGAAAGCCAAGGAAACGAAGAAGCAGAAGAAGGAGAGCCGUCGGAUCUACUACGAUGAUGCCGCUAUCGACAGGUUGUUGGAUCGCAGCACAGUGGGAGAGGAGCAGGCGGAGGAUGAGCCCGAUAACGACUACCUCAAGGCCUUCAAGGUUGCUAAUUUCAGUUUCGUAUCAGAAGCUGAUCAGGCAGAAGCCGACGCAGAGAAGGAGAGAGAGCUGGAGCGAGAAAGGCAGCGAGAACAGGAGCUAGCAGAGGAAGGGAAACGCCUUGACGCUGCUGGGAGAGCCGCGUACUGGGAGUCACUGCUGAAAGACCGAUACGAGGCAGAGCAGAUAGAGACGUUUCUGGAGCUGGGUAAGGGGAGGAGAGCGAGACGACAGGUGGAUUACACGGUUGAUGGGGAGGAGGAGGGGGAGAAGGUGGGGGGACGGAAGGGGGAGAGAGGGGGGAAGGGGGAGAGAGGGGACGGGGAGGGGGAUGAGGCUUAUGAUGAGGAUGGGGAGGAGGAUGAUGGGGAGGAUGGGGAGAGUGAUGUGGAGCUUGAGGAGGAGAGUACGGGGAGAGGGAGGAAGAGGAAGAUUAGGUACGGAAAAGCGGCUCCCUCUACCUCUCCUGCUGGUCCAGCCGGUGCUGCUGCUGCAGGAGGGGCGGGAGGGGGAGGGGGGGGUGCGGGGGAUGUGAAAAAGAAAGUGUGGCCAUUAAUGGAGGGGGCAUGGCCGUACGCCAAGGUGCUGGGAUUCACAUCCAAGCAGCGCAUGACCUUUCAACAGCUCAUCAUGCGGUUCGGGAUCGGUGAUUUUAGCUGGAAGGAGUUUGUGCCUCGACUCAAGCCGCGUACCCUGCAGGAGAUUAAAGACUACGGUGCCCUUUAUCUGAAGCACAUCCAGGAAGACCCAACCAGCAAAGACACAUUCUCAGACGGAGUGCCCAAGGAGGGCGUGAAUGCUCAGGAGGUGCUUAUUCGCCUGGCCCUGCUGCACCUCAUUCGCACCAAGGUGGCUGCUGCCGAGAAGACCAGAGAGAGGCUGCGGGAGAGGGCGAGGGCGAGGAGGCUUGCCAAGGGAGAAGGGAAAACGGAUGGGCCUUCAAGGAUGGAGGGCGUGACUCUGGCUGGUGCGGAGGGGGGUGAGAAGGGAGAGGGGGAGCAUGGAGGGGUGGUGGGGGAAGGGAAGGGGGAUGGGCCUUCGGGGAUGGAGGGCGUGGAGGGAGAUGGGGAGAGGGCUGAGAAGCCGGAGGAGGGAAAAUCUGAGCUGGAUACGAAGGGAGGAGGUAAGGGAGAGGGAGGGAAGGGAGAGGGAGGGAAGGGAGAGGAAGGGAGGGGAGAGGGAGAGGGCGAAAAGGGAGGAAGGAGAGAGGGCGAGGUGGAGGUUGAAACGGAGGGUGGGAAGGAGGAGGGUGAAAAGGAGGGUGAAAUGGAGGGUCAAACGAAGGAGGGUCAAAAGAAGGAGAGUGAGCAGGAGGAAGGGGUGGAAGAGGAGGAGGAAGCGGUGGAGCUGGGUUGGGAGGAGUUGCUGCCAGGGCUGCCAGAGCACCUGAGGGGCCACAGCCAGCUGGCGCCGCUGUUCCGCACGCGACACUGGCGGGCCGAGCAUGACCUGCUGCUGCUGAAAGGCAUUACGAAGCACGGGUACGGGCGGUGGAGUGACAUCAUCAACGACGACCAGCUGGGCCUUGCUGACGUGGCACGCGCUGAGCUGUCGCUGCCGCCCGCCCCGCCCCGCAACAUGAUUGGCCUUACCCUCGAGGACAUCCCAGCAGUUCCACCUUGCCCAGUUACCACCUCGCCUGCCCAGCCCACCAAACCUGGUGUUGCGCCCACCAAACCUGGUGUUGCGCCCACCAAACCUGAUGCUGUGACCACCAGUCCUGUUGCUUCGACCACCGGUCCUACUGAUGCACCCUCCAAACCUGAUGCUGUGACAGCCAGCCCUGGGGGAGUGGGUGGUGAUGGGGAGGUUGCAACGGGUGACAUGGCAGGCUCUAGGGAGGAGGGGAGGGCAGAGGGGAAGGCGGCAGCAGCGCAAGAAAGUGAUGAGGGUGAUCGCAUGAUAGCAGGUGUGAAAGCUGAAACAGGUGCUGCUGCUGGUGCUGGUGGUCUUGUUAGUGCUGAAAAAAGUGUGACUAUGAAGGAAGAAGGAAAAGAGGGGGUGAAAGCGGAAUUGGAGGAAGAAGUGAAGGAGGAAACGAAGGAGGGAGCAAGUGAGAAGGAAAAGGAGGAGGAGGAAAAGGAGGAAGCAAAGGUGGAGACAAAGGAGGAAGUGAAUGGGGAUGUGAAGGGGGAUGUGAAGGAGGAUGUGAAGGGGGAUGUGAAGGGGGAUGUGAAGGGAGAUCCCCAAGCUGGAUUAGCAACACCUCAGAACCGAUCUGAAUCUACAUCCAAGGAGCCGCAAGAGGAGGCGGAUUGUGACCCGUAUGUAGCUCUUAUCCGUCGCCUUAAUGCCGAGGCUGAGGCAGCAGCAGCGGUGAGGGGGGAUGCAUCUGCUGAUUCCGAGGCUGAUGCUGUCGCAGCAGAGGCGAAUCCAUCUGCUGAUCCCAAGAUUGACGCUGUAGUGGCUGGGGAGAAUGCAUGUGCUGAUUCAGAGGUUGCGGUUGUAGCAGGAGGGGAGAGCGAGAGCGUUCCUGCAAAUACUGCAGAUGAGGCUGUAGCGACGAAAGGGAACGAGAAUGCAUCUGUCACGUGCUCGCAUGAACCAGCUGUAGCAGCAACUGUAGCAGCAGCACGGAGUGAGACAGCAGAUGUGAGUGAUGCUAUGGCUGCUGCUUCUGCUAAGCUCAAAGCAGGACCUUCUGGAGCAGCAGAGUGUGAGAGGCCAGGCACAUCUGGUCCAGCCGGGGAGCAGGGCCAGAACGAGCCAGCCAAGCAGGGUCAGAAGGAUCGGAGCACGCAGGGCCAGUUGGGCGGUGAUGUGGGUGGAGGAGGCAGCGCUUUGGGGAGCAAACAAGAUUGCGCUCCUAAAGAAAAAGAAGCGCUUGAAGAGGCGCAAGAGAGAAGGCUCCCAAGAGAGAAGGGGCGAGGAGAGGGGGCUGAUGCAGAGCAGCUGAUGGAAACAAAGAGUAAGGCGGAGUACAGAGGAGGAGGGGAUGCAAAGCAGAGGCAGGAGGCUCCUGUGCAGCCGUUGAAGUCACCUGAGAUACCGCCUGGAAUGCCUUCAGUGGCAGAGCAGGGCACUGUGGGUGUGCAAGGGACUGGUGCCCCUCACGUGCACACUGGAGGAAAACACGUGGCAGGCAGCAAAGGGGGUUCUGCUUCAGGGCCUGAUGAAAAUCAAACUGUUGUGGGACACGGUGGUGGGAAGAAGAGUGCUGAUGGGAAGUGGGCUACAGAGGAGAAUGUUGACCAGAGCUGCUCCGGUGAGAAAGGUUUGGCUGGUGCAGGCCAAGAGGCGGCUCAAGCACAGGUUCCUCUGGAUGGGAGGUUCCAAAAGCAGCAGCAGCAUUCAUUGGAGCAGCAGCAGGUGUUACAAGGGGAAAGUUUGCAAGAUGUAACGGGGGGGCAGCAACAGUUGAGUGGAGAUGAGCCGCCAGUGGUGGCUAUAGAUGAUGAGGAGAUAAUUGAUCUGUGCGAUGAUGAGGACGACGACGAGUGA